GUGAAAUCUUAAAAGAAGUCAUUGUUUUUAAUUCUCUGGUAUAUUUAUUCAAAACACCCAAUAAAUUUGAAAAUAUAUAUAAUUUCCUAUUAAUGAUCCUCGAAUUGCAUCUUUUUUGUGAAACAGCAAUAUCAAAAUUUCGUCACGGAACUUACAAACUUACAAAAUUACGAUGUUCGCGAUCAUUCUGUUCCACCGUCGUUGGACGUUUUGUAGAAUUUCAAGCUACUUUUUGGAAAUUUCGCAGCUUAUGAGAAUAUCAAUGGAGCAUUAAAGCAGAUACGCAAUGCAAACGUCGCGAGAACGCUGUGUCGAUUUCCUUGUCGAUCGUAUUUUACUGACUGCGAAGGUGAAUAUAGUGAAAACACACGCGUCUUCCGAAGCGCCACCUUGCUCAUUUCCGAUGUUCUUUUCGGAAAUGGCUGAAACGUUGCGUUUGUGCUGAGAAAACGUGACCAAGACAGAUUUAUUUAGCAACCGAUUGUGAUCCAAGAACGAGUGUUACACGUUAUUAUCCCGUUGCACAUUGACGUAUAUUAAGGCUGUCGCGCAACGGUAUGCAGCUGUCGAAGUAAAUCGACUACAGUAACACGGAUACAGAAUUUUUCGCAGUAGUCACGGGUAUCCGGGUGCCGGCACAUAUCAAUACAAGCGACUGCAAACGAUUUGGUUAUUGAAAAAAAAUGGCGGCUGAAAUGCAAAGCAAGAAUCGAAUGAUGGUUUUUAAGAACAAAGGCAAAGACCAAGAAGAGAUGAGGAGACGAAGAAAUGAGGCAACAGUGGAAUUACGUAAAAAUAAACGUGAUGAGACUUUACAGAAACGAAGAAAUGUGCCUAUUACAGAUUUAAUAGAUGAAGAAGAUAUUGAUAAAAAUAACAUCGAUUUGUCAAAAAUUGAUUUAGAAGAACUAGUAAUGAAAGCUGCUAGUUCAGAUCCAACCGUUCAAUUAGAAGCUGUACAAAAAGCAAGAAAGUUAUUAUCAUCAGAUCGUAAUCCACCAAUUGAUCUAUUAAUUGAUAGUGGCAUUUUACCAAUUUUAGUUAAUUGUCUUGAACAGCAUGAUAGUCCGUCACUUCAAUUUGAAGCAGCAUGGGCUUUAACAAAUAUAGCAAGUGGAACAUCACCUCAGACACAAGCAGUUGUAGCUGCUGGUGCAGUUCCACAUUUCUUGCACUUGUUGCUUUCAAGUCAACAGAAUGUCUGUGAACAAGCUGUGUGGGCUUUAGGAAAUAUUAUUGGAGAUGGUCCUGCAUCUAGAGAUUAUGUUAUCAAGCUUGGUGUUGUACAGCCAUUGUUAACGUUUAUUAAACCGGAUAUACCAAUUAGUUUUUUACGUAAUGUAACUUGGGUAAUCGUAAAUUUAUGUAGAAAUAAAGAUCCACCACCACCUGUUCAAACUAUUAAGGAAAUUUUGCCUGCUCUAAAUGUACUUAUUCAUCAUACAGAUAUCAAUAUUCUUGUCGAUACAAUUUGGGCAGUGAGCUAUUUGACUGAUGGUGGUAAUGAACAAAUUCAAAUGGUUAUAGACAGUGGUGUAGUGCCUCGUCUUAUACCACUUCUCUCGCACAAAGAAGUUAAAGUGCAAACGGCUGCAUUAAGAGCAGUUGGCAAUAUUGUAACGGGUACAGACGAACAAACACAAACUGUACUAAAUUGCGACGCGCUCUCAUAUUUCCCCAAUUUAUUAACUCAUUCGAGGGAAAAGAUUUGUAAAGAAGCAGUUUGGUUCCUGUCAAAUGUAACUGCUGGUAACCAAUCUCAAGUUCAAGCAGUCAUAGAUGCUGGAUUACUGCCUCUUAUUAUUCACAAUUUAAUGACUGGUGAAUUCCAAACACAAAAAGAAGCAGCAUGGGCAAUUAGCAAUUUAACAAUAAGUGGCAAUGAAGAACAGGUUGCGCGGAUGAUACAAGAAGGCGUUAUCGCACCCUUUUGUAAUCUCCUUGACUGUAAAGAUACUCAAGUUAUACAGGUUGUUUUAGACGGUAUACACAAUAUGCUUAAACUUGCUGGAUCGCAAGUUGAACAAUUGGCUAAUAUGAUUGAAGAAUGUUCAGACAAAUGACACGAAUCUGGAACCACACGUUGUAGAAUCAACAUUUGAAUUUGAUCAGACGACGAGCAUUUCAAACGAAGGUUUUAAGUUCUGAGAGGGUCUCCAUUAUUUCUUAUCUGAUUGUGCCGUCCCCCGACAAACUCCGUUCUGGAGCUAUUCUAUUUACCCUUUUAUAUUCUGUUUCAUUUUUACUCCAAUGAUAUCAGUGAUAAUUUCAGUAUGUCAUUACCGAAUCAAUAAUUAUAUUUGGUUUCGCUAAUUGAAAAACAUAAUUAUGAAUGGCCAAUGUUUUAUCAAAGAAAAAAAAAAAAAAAAAAAA